GGAGGUUAACAAUGCAACCGAAUAAUCAACUGCAGCAAAACAACCCAUGGGGUUUUCAAGCCAAGAACUGGUCUCGGCCAAUGACGAGGGGUCCACCGCCUCAGCAGACAAUGCUGGACAUGCAUUCGAACAGAUUUGGUUCACCUCCAGGGCAGAGAAAUAUGAGACCUAACUUCCAGUCUCAGCCAUACGGGCAGCACAUUGGGCCUCAGAAUCAAGGAAUGGGUCUACAGAAUCCAAGAAUGUCAUUUGGGCAACCAAGAUUUCAAAACAACCAAACUGGGCUGCCAAAUCAAAAUAGAUUUCAGGGACCACCACAGCAAUGCCAUCAGGGACCUCACAAUAACCCAAACAACUUUUUCAAUGGCCCUCAGGGACCUCUGCAUAAUAGGCCUCCGAGACAAAAUAGCAAUCAACAGCAAAUGUUCAACAGACCCCCAACCAGACAAAUGGUUGGACCGCCUCCUGACUUUUUCAGAGCUCCAGGAAGCUUCCAGCAGCGACCAAGAUUUCAAAAAGGAAAACAACAAGGUGAAAAAAAGAUAAAAGUAAACAAGAGGGAUUUACCAGAGAACAACAAGUACUACUGUGAUUCCUGUGAUAGAGGAUACAAAGAUGAAGACAAAUAUAAACUGCACUGUGAUCAGCAUGAAAAGUGUCCGAAGGAGGGUUGUACCUAUGUUGCUGCAGGGAGACUUGUACAACUACAUAUCAAACUGCAACAUAAUUCUGGAAUGGCAAAAAAGAUAUGGUCCAUCGCAUCCAAGGAAGAUAUACAGAAAUGGAUAGAAGAGAGAAAAAAGAACUUUCCAACAGCAGAAAAUAUUGAGAAAAAGAAAGCUCUUCUGGCUGAGAGGAUUGCUAGAGGUGAAGUCAUAGAGGAAAAAUAUUUUGGAAAGAUGCAUCGAAAAGAAGAUAAUAGAAGAGGCCGUGGAAGAGGACGUGGUCGGGAUAGGGGCAGAGGUAGAAGAGACAGCCGUGGAGAUAUGAAUCAGCAAAACACUAUGAAGAGGAAACAUGAUGAUACAGAUGCAGGUGAAUGCAGUUCAGAGAAGCAGGUCAAGGAAAACUCUGGUGAAGGAAACCUGAUGAAGGAAGCUGCAGAGUCACUUGGCAUGUUCUUUGCUGCUGCAAGUUCAGGUUCAGAUUCCAGCGGAUCAGAUGAUGAUGACAGCAAUAUUAAAGUAAACAAUUCAACAGGAAGCACAGCUUCCGCCAUGCCCGAGGUUACAGCAGCAGGUGCUCUUGGAAGUUUGAUGUCAUCAUAUGUUGACAGUGAUGAGAGUAGUGAGGAAGAAGACACUGAAAAACCUGAAAAUGUACCUGUUAAAAAGACUAGCGACGAACCUAAAUGUGAGUCCAAAGAAGUGAAGGAAGAACAAAACAAUAAUGAUAACAAGAAACCACGCCACAGAAACAGAGCCAGACAGAAGAAAAACAAAGACAAAUGGAAUCCACCUGCUAAAAUAGACAAAUCUUUACUGGAAAAGCUACUUGCCAAGGAAAUCCGUCAAGAAAGGAACAAAAUAAUGCAAUGUGUUCAUUAUAUUGUGAAAAACAAUUUCUUUGAGAAUUCACAAAAUACAGAAAACAAAACAUGACUAUGUUUA